AUGUUUGAAUUUAUAACAUCUUGGUUCAAGUCCGAGCCAAUAUCUCCAAAGAUCAUAGAAGAUAUCAACUCCACCAUCAACUCACAUAAAGUGGUUGUUUAUUCCAAAACUUAUUGUCCUUACUGUAAGUCUACCAAAGAAUUAUUUGGUAAAUUGAAUCAAGACUUCAAAGUUGUAGAAUUGGACAACGUGAGCGAUGGAAGUGUAAUCCAACGCGGAUUAAAGGAAAUCACUGGACAAGGUACUGUUCCUAACAUUUUUAUCAAUGGGAAACAAAUUGGUGGUAACUCUGAUUUGCAAAGUUUAUACAGUCAAGGAAAGUUGUUGGGUCUUUUAGCUUAG